UGCAGACUGAUAGUAUUUUAGCCGUCGUCACAAUGAUGUCGUUGGUGCUCGUCUCAUCUGGUCUCGUCAGUGCGAGGUGAGACUUUCGGAAUGUGUAUAGAAGACAAGAGUUAACUUCGUAGAAAUAAACCGCAAUUCGCGGUUGUCACGGUAGUUUCGCAGUGCUCCUUGUUGAGUUGUUUUAUGCGCAGAUUGUAAAACCUAAGAUAAAGUGGCAUUACGUGAGUUAAGUGAAAUUCUAAAAACUCUAUGAAAACAGCUUCCUGUCCGAUCGUUUCGAAGAUCGGCCUUAAUGAUGAAUUUUGAAAAUAGCAUAUGUGAAAUUGAAAAAAUUUCACGAAAAUAGCUCCCGCGACGAUUACAUAAUCAAUACGAGUCAAAUCUGAUGAUAAUUAACUAGUGACGUGAAAAUCUUGUACAUUUUCCAAUUCCGAUAUAAUUCGAUUUAUUGGAUUGGACGCAUAAUUGCAAAAAAAAAUUAUCCGUGACAUUCUGGAGAAUCUUCCAAGAACUUUUUAAUAUUAAAAGAGAGUUAAUAGAUUUUCUGUCGAAGUAAGGAAUUGUCGGUAGUGCAAUUUUACGCUGCAUCGAGGAUCGCGUGACUCGGGGGUGACCUGGAAAAAAAUGUCGAUCAGGGGUGUGACCACUUCAGAGAGUGAGGCGUUCCUUGGUUCCUUACGCCUGUCGAAUUUUCUGAUUGAUCCAGAUGAAUUUUACGAAGGUAGUGAGAGCCCAGUCUUUGGCAUCGAAAGUGGUGGUAGCGGCACAGGCGGUGGCAGUGGCUUAAGACUUGCAUCUCAUGAAUUGCCAAAUGAAAUUUCGGCACCUUAUGAAGUCCCACAAUUUCCGAUUGAACAGAUUGAGAAGAAACUCUUGAUCCAACGUCAACUGACCGUCAAAGCUGCAAGAGAUCUUGAAGAACGUCGCAGUCAUUAUGAACCAUCACUUCACCCAGGAGUUCCCGAUGACAUCGACCAUAGCUUCAAAAUUGAAGAAAAUGACUUUGUGCCUCAUUUUCAACGAGUCUCCAUAUCCGGCGAGGAUACUUCCGGGGUACCUCUGGAAGAUCUUCAAAGGGCCUCCAAGAUGUUGGUGCAGGCAUUAGCGAUUCGUGAAAAACAUAUGAACAACUCCAAACAGAGCUUCCCCACUAUUACUUCUAGAUUCUUACGUAGUAUCGAUAAAAGGCCACUCACCACGGACGACGAGGUUCAUCACGAUGAUCGCAAGGCCAUCAAAGGGAAAGGGCCGCUGGAUAUUGUGAACGAAAUCAGUGGUGCUCAAUCGGACGCGGACAUCAAUGCGCUGAUCAAAGACGUCUCUCGGACAGAUCAUCCGGUACACGCGCCCGCGUCUCGAGGCGAUCCAUGGGAAUGCGAAUUUCCACCAGCGAAGAAUUACAAGAUUGUGCCAGUCAAUGGCGUGUUCAACUUGUUCGCCAAUGACGAGGACCUAGCCAACGGUAAAUCACUCCCAUAUUCAUAUCCGGACCUGGCAGCCUUCGUCCAAGAUAUGAACCUGCUAUGCGCCAUGAUCGCCGAUGGACCCCUGAAAUCCUUCUGCUACCGAAGACUGAGUUAUCUCUCCUCCAAGUAUCAAUUACACGUAUUGUUAAACGAGCUUAGAGAACUAGCAAGUCAGAAGGCUGUGCCGCAUAGGGAUUUCUACAAUAUCAGAAAGGUCGAUACUCACAUACACGCGGCUUCAUGCAUGAAUCAGAAGCACCUGCUUAGGUUUAUUAAGAAAACGUUAAAAAAUCAUGCCGACGAAGUGGUCACAUGUUCCAAGAACGGGGAGACUAUGACGCUCCGCGAAGUUUUUCAGUCCAUGAAUCUGACGACCUAUGAUCUGAGCGUCGACAUGUUGGAUGUGCAUGCAGAUAGAAACACGUUUCACAGGUUUGACAAGUUUAACGCGAAAUACAAUCCGAUUGGCGAGAGUCGUUUGCGUGAGGUUUUCCUCAAGACCGACAACUAUCUGAACGGCAAGUAUUUUGCAAGGAUAAUUAAGGAGGUUGCAAGCGAUCUCGAAGAGUCCAAGUACCAGAACGCAGAGUUACGUCUUUCGAUCUAUGGUAAGAGUCCAGAGGAAUGGGACAAACUAGCCAAGUGGGCAAUUCAGAGCGAUGUUUCUUCAGACAAUGUGCGCUGGCUCAUACAGAUUCCUAGAUUAUAUGAUAUCUUUAAGUUAAACAAACUCAUGACGAAUUUCCAAGAAAUUAUUAAUAACAUUUUCCUACCGUUAUUCGAAGUGACCAAUGAUCCUCAUUCUCACCCGGAGCUACAUAAAUUUCUUCAAUAUGUAAUAGGUUUUGAUUCCGUGGAUGAUGAAAGUAAACCCGAAAAUCCUCUCUUCGAUAAAGAUGUUUGCCCACCUGCAGAAUGGGAUGACAUAGAGAAUCCACCAUACGGUUAUUACCAGUAUUACACUUAUGCAAAUAUGACAGUCCUCAAUCAUUUUAGAGCGGAACAAGGCUUAAAUACAUUUGUUCUAAGACCUCAUUGCGGCGAAGCAGGACCUGUUCAACAUCUUGUGUGCGGCUAUAUGAUGGCGGAAAACAUUUCGCAUGGCCUAUUGCUCAGAAAAGUUCCCGUGCUCCAAUAUCUAUAUUACUUGGCACAAAUCGGCAUCGCAAUGUCACCACUCAGUAAUAACUCGCUUUUCCUAAAUUAUCAUCGUAAUCCGCUUCCGGAGUAUCUAGCUAGAGGAUUAUGCAUAAGUUUGUCUACGGACGAUCCUCUUCAGUUUCAUUUUACUAAGGAACCCCUAAUGGAAGAAUACAGUAUUGCUGCGCAAGUGUGGAAACUCAGUUCAUGUGACAUGUGCGAACUAGCACGCAAUUCUGUUCUUAUGAGUGGUUUUCCGCAUAAAAGUAAACAAUACUGGUUGGGACCUAAUUAUACAAAAGAAGGAGUCGCUGGUAAUGAUAUCACUCGAACCAAUGUACCAGAUAUCCGAGUGGCCUAUCGAUAUGAAACAUUAGUUGAUGAACUGUCCAAUAUCUUCAAAGUUGUGGAAAAGCCCGAAUCACUUCCGUUUUAAUAAUCGAAUAUUAUCUGGAUUUUAUCAAAAUCGAUUAACAUACAAUGGCAUUCAAAAUCGACGAAUUAUGACAAUUAUUCAUUCAAUUUAUACUUGCGGUUGAUUUUUUAUGAUGAUUACAGAAUAUUUUCAGAAUAUUGUGAAUUUGCACGCAAAUCAAUUUCUUUUCUUUUGAUCAUCAAUUUCUUUCUUUUUAUGUCAAGAAAAUAAUUUGAAAAUUGAGCUUGAAUAAUAUUAAUCGAAUUAUAUAAAAAAUAAAGUAUUUUAGUUUUAAAUGUUUUAAAUUUAAAUCUUGAAUUUAAAUUUUAUAUCAUAGACUUUCUAUAUGAAAACGUUUGAGAUAGAUAAUGUAUGAUAAGAAUGUAAGAUUGUUAUGAUCAAAGAUACGUAAAGAAUAAUGUAAUUUUAGAUUUGACAUUAAAUUAUAAAAUUUAUAAAUUAAAAUUUAUAUUUAGCGAUGAGAUAAAUUAUGUGAAUAUAAUUAGUGAUGAGAUAAUUAUGUAAAUUUUAUGUUUAUUUCUAUUCUGCAUUUUUUAUAAAGAUGUUAAUCGCAAGGAUAAAUCAGGAUUAAUCAGAAAUUAUACAUACGUUGACCAAUUUAAUAAUAGUAGUUUUUAGAAAGUAUUUCUUCUAUCUCGUUGCAACAUUUAUAAUACAUAUUAGCGUACAUAUUGUAAUACGAAUUAGGCUAGAUCCGAAUAUUAUGUUCAUUUCUCUUGACAUUAAACUCGUAAUAGGAUAAAUCUGUUUUUCACAUUUCGGCUGUGCUUAGUGACAGCGAUACUCUUUUCUUAGAUUUUAACUUUAUUUUCUUACAUUUUUGUACAUUUAUAUCAUAAAAUCGUCCAUGAUGUUUGUUUCGACGAGCAUUCUGAUAAUUAGCUCGUAUAUGGAUAAUUAACUCGUGCCAUUGUCCACUCUUCUUUCCAUAAAUAGACAAUGUAAAUAGAAAAUUAAUUUAAUUUACAUGUAACUAAGACUUUUACAAGCUAUAUAUAUAUAUAUAUAUAUAUUAUAUAUGUAUGCGUGCCAAGUUAUAAUACAGCGAUAUUAACAUGAUUAUGCGGCGUAUAUUUUUUUUUUAUUUUAACUUUAUCGUUUUUCACAUCGUAUUUUGCGUUUGCCAUUUUCUGAGAGAACUUUCCAAACAACGAGCCUAAUUAAGAAAUUAAAUUAAGCGAUAUGGUGAUCUAUAACACUUGAACACUGUGCCCUGAUAUCGAAUUUAAAUUAAAUUGUUGCUAGAUAGAAAAAGAUAUAUAUUUAUUGUAUAUAAAAAAUAUAUAUAUAUACUAUGAACUGGAAAUAUACUUGCAUCGUUAAAACCA